GACCGCUAAUGUAACAUUACACGCGAAAGAGACGCAAGACGAGCAAUUGGAUCUAGUGUAAACAUUUACCAUCCGAGUGAACUGUCGUGGACACAAACCAAAUCAUGAUUUGGCGAAUCACGCUCUUUGUCGCUCUUUUCGUUCUUACGAUCGAAGCGAAAAAGUAUUCGCAAUCGUUCGAAGAGCAUCAGUGGCAAGAAUUCGAAGAGUUUUUGAAGUGGAAGAAAGCAAGGGAACAACGUGAAAACAAAUACGAGAAACGACACGAUGAAAGCCAUGAAGUGGAUCAGCUGUACGAGAAGGUUCAACAGAUUCCCCUUAGCAAUCCACCACCAGUCGAUGAAGCUGCUCUAAUGGCAAGAUACAUUGUCAACCAAGCUGAUUGGGUGUCUGUCGCAACAAUCAGCACACGAAAGGAAAUUGAAUCAUAUCCUGCCGUAACCUUAGUUUCUUAUAGUGACGGAAUCUUAGGAAAUGGAACUGGUGUUCCAUACCUUUACCUUACUCCUUUGGAUUUUACAGCUCAGGAUCUAGCAAAAGACAACAGAGUUUCAAUGUUGAUGUCACUAGCGCAAGGAGAUUACUGUAAAAACAAACAAUGGGACCCUAUGGAUCCUCGUUGUGCCAGGGUUCUUAUGAGCGGGAGAAUCAAAACGCUGAAGAAUGAGAGCGCAGAACUUGAACAAGUUAAAAAACAUUUCUUUAAUCGUCAUCCAAAACUAGUUAAUAUGCCAGAAAACCAUCAUUUCUAUUUCGCCAAACUGAAAAUAAUUUCGAUUGCUGUUUUGGAUACUUUUGGCGGACCUAAAUAUGUUCCCGUAAACGAGUAUCUACAUCCAUCAGUUUCUAACAUUAUCGAAGAAUUCAAUCGACGAUUCCCUUUAGAAGCCUAUGAAAAAUCUUCGAAAGACUAUAGCUCAGUUUCUAAUAUGUUACAUCCUAUGAUUCGCACUAUCUAAAAAUUUGUGAUAAUAAAUGUAAAACGACUUCCAAACUCUGUAUUUCCAAACUUUUUAUAGCAUCAAAAUUUUUUACAUAAUUGUUUAAUUAAGUGAUAAUUGAAGUAAUAAAUCUAAUGAAAUUAAACUGAA